AUGGCAGUGAACCUGUCGUUCAGCGAGGUACUGUGCCAUUUCGCUGUCGAUUUAUACGACCAAAUUAUCAAGGAACAAAGCCCCCAAUUCAAGAAUGUAUUUUGGUCUCCCAUGAGCGUACAUGCUGCAAUAGCAUUGAUUAUGGCUGGAGCUUCUGGUGUGACCAAGCAAGAAAUGGUCAAGAUGCUUCAUGUUCCUGACACGCUGAAUGAAUCACAAGCACAUGAACUAUUUGGGUCAACGUUUGUGAAUAUCUCACAGUCCUCAAAAACCGUUGAGGUGGCAGCGGCCAAUCGACUGUUUCUCCUACAACCGGCCAAAAUCCUACCCGAGUAUUCCAAAACCUUGAGUAAACACUAUAAUGCAGAAACGGAGUCACUGGUUGAAUUUGGUGGGUUGGAAAACAAACGAGUCCAUAUGAACAAAUGGGUAUCAAACGUAACGAAAGGAAAAAUCAACGAUUUGAUUCCUCCCGACGCAUUGUCUGAGAGUUCUAUUUUGACCAUACUGAAUGCACUGUACUUCAAAGGAUUGUGGGAACAUCCGUUUGCAAAGAACCGGACUACGAAUGCAACCUUCUACUUGUUGGAUGGCAAAACACUUGAAGUACCCAUGAUGUACAUUAAAGAAAGACUGCCUUAUAUAUGGCUGGCUGACUUGGAUGCGGAUGUUAUUCGUCUGCCAUUUCUGGGCGCCGACUGGGAAAUGUUGAUUGUUCUCACCAGAGAGAAGAGUAAGUUUCCGGGUCUACUGGCUCAUCUACGUGAACCUGGAAAGUUAACGGAGCUGAUGAACACUGAACUUGAUUUAAUCGAGAUGGAACUUUAUAUGCCAAAGUUCAGGCUAGCCGGGUCGAAAGCACUCGACGUGAAAGAACUACUCAAACGAUGUGGAAUGACUUCUGCGUUUGAUUCGGUGCAUGCGGACUUGUCUCGAAUGUGCUCCAAUGGCAAAUUGUUUGUCUCGGAAUUGCUUCACAAGGCUGUCUUAGAGGUCGACGAAGAAGGUGCAACGGCUGCAGCAACAACGGGGGUUUUCUUCAGCUUCCGAAGCGGAUUUGGUCCACCAACUUUCCGAGUGGAUCAUCCGUUUUUCGUCACCUUGGUAUACAAAUCUAACGUGCCAGCUUUUAUUGGCCACAUAGUGGUUCCAGAAAAAUUUUAA